CUUCAGUGUUAUGACUAUGAAGGGAAUUUGGAAUGAAUGGCUUUGCCAGAGUUGUUAAGAAGAUGAUGGAGAAAAACCAAUGACUCCAAUGCCGAUUCCUGUAAAGACUUUCCUUAUUUUAUUGUGAAAGGAACCGCCGGAACUCCUCUGUGCCAUCACAACAGCGCUCUUGAAUCUUGGAAGGUUCUUGUCACGGCGCUGCGUGGCACCGGGCACUUCACAGUUACACGGACGGGACCGGACCGUCCACCCACACAGCUCGGGACGAGCGGCUGCCACCUGGCCUCUGCCGCAGACACUCAUGGGUGUCGCUGCCGCGAGCAGCGUUUGUACCGGGGCUGAGCACGGCAGCUGCUGCGGCGGUCGCUGCAGUCAUUCGGAGAGUCGACGGUGCGAGGGGAUCCGGAUCGAGCGCGGGGGUCUGCAGCACAGCACCAGGAUGUGAUACAGGAGUCCAGGGAAAGAUUUUGCUGAUUGAGUGGAAACUGGUGUCACCAUGUUCAGGAACAGUUUGAAGAUGCUCCUGUCUGGAGGGAAGAAUAAUCGCAAGAGUCGGGGAAGCGAUGGAGGUGGCGAGGACUUGGUGGACCCCCGCUCUCCCAGUCUGGACCACCACCUCAGCCACAUUGGCCAUGGUGGCAGCAUAGACAGUGACUGUGUGUUUGACGGGGAUUACUCAGUGCCGCCACCACUCGCAAUCACAGAGGGAAUGCAGCACAUUCGGAUCAUGGAAGGCGUGUCGCGCUCACUGCCGUCAUCGCCACUGCUUAGUCACCAGACCAUCGGUGUCCGACUGCAGCCAGUUAAGAAGAUAACAGCUCCUCAGAGGAAAGCAAAGUUUGUGGAGAGCCCUCGUAUCCCUCACUCAGAACUCAGCUCUCCUACAUACUCCUCAAGCAAGAACCCAGAUCUCGACAGAUACUGCCCUGGGGAGUCCAGCCAGGAACUGGGCCCGCCUCCGUCCGUGGAUGAGGCUGCCAACACAUUGAUGACGCGCCUGGGUUUCCUUCUGGGAGACAAAGUGAGUGAGGGGCCAGCCGGUGCCCCCUACAGCAUGGAGGAACCCGAGGCAAGAAAGGUCCAGAACCAGAGGAUCAGUCCGUGCUCUACACUGACCAGCAGCACCGCCUCACCCACUGCUGGCAGCCCCUGCUCCACCCUCCCCACUGCCAUGCCCAGCCAGGCGGGAAACAAGGACUGCGCCUACGGUUCCGUCACCAGUCCAACAUCAACUCUAGAGAGUCGGGACAGUGGGAUUAUCGCCACCCUGACCAGCUACUCAGAGAACAUGGAUCGCAGUGCGAAACAUGGCGAGAACUCACGGGGCAACCUAAAGCUCUGGCAGUCGCAAAAAUCAGGCAUGGAUUCGUUUCUCUACCGAGUGGACGAGAACAUGACUGCCUCCACCUACAGCCUCAACAAAAUCCCUGAGAGAAACCUGGAGAGCAUGUCCUCCCACUCUGCCCACUCCAUCCCUCUAUACCUCAUGCCCCGACCCAACUCUGUGGCCGCCACCAGCUCGGCUCAUCUGGAGGAUCUGGCCUAUCUGGACGAGCAGAGACACACACCGCUACGCACCUCGCUGCGUAUGCCAAGACAGAGCACUACAUGUGGACCAGGUCGAUCAGGGCCGGACGUACGAGCUUCUGCUAACAGCGCUAAUGCCUGGCAGUCACAGUCACUCCGCUUCGCCCCCUACAGGCCCCAUGACAUUGCGCUCAAACCGCUGCUUUUUGAGGUUCCUAGCAUCACUAUGGACUCUGUCUUCACGGGGCGAGAGUGGCUCUUCCAGGAGAUUGAUGCUCACCUCAACAGUCCCAACUGCAGCAGCAACCGUGGUGUGGUUGUCGUGGGCAACAUUGGCUUUGGAAAGACUGCCAUUGUCUCCCGCCUGGUGGCGCUCAGCUGCCAUGGCACCCGGAUGAGACAGAUCGCAUCGGACAGUCCUCAGGCUUCUCCCAAGCAUGGUGAGGGUCUUCCACUCACACAGCCUCAGCCCACACAUGGUACCCUGGGAGGAGGCAGCUGUCCUGGUACUCCGGAGAUGAGGCGACGGCAGGAGGAAUCCAUGAGGAGGCUGGCUUCUCAGGUGGUCGCUUACCACUACUGCCAGGCUGACAAUGCCUACACGUGCCUGGUGCCUGAGUUUGUGCACAACAUUGCAGCUCUGCUCUGCCGCUCUCCCCACCUGGCAUCCUACAGGGAGCAGAUGCUGAGAGAGCCGCACCUGCAGAGUGUCCUAAGCCUGAGGUCCUGCGUUCAGGACCCUAUGGCUGCCUUCAGGAGGGGAGUCCUUGAGCCCCUGGAUGCACUUUAUAAAGAGAGGAAGAUCAACACGGAUGACGAUCUCAUCGUCCUUAUUGACGGUCUGAAUGAAGCUGAGUUUCACAAGCCAGACUAUGGCGACACCAUUGUGUCCUUCCUCACCAAAACCAUCAACAGGUUCCCUCCGUGGCUCAAACUGGUGGUCACGGUCAGAACCACAUUGCAGGAAAUCACCAACUCGCCGCCCUUCCGCUGCAUCUCCCUGGAUAGCUACGAGGAGAACGAUGCCAUAGAUCAGGACCUACAGAGCUACAUCCUACACCGCAUCCACAGCAGCCCAGAGAUCCAGAACAACAUCUCGCUCAAUGGGAAGAUGGACAACACUACUUUUGGGAAGCUCAGCACUCACCUUAAGGCCCUGAGCCAGGGCUCUUACCUGUACCUCAAGCUGACCUUUGACCUCAUAGAAAGGGGAUACCUGGUCCUCAAGAGCUCCAGCUACAAGGUGGUUCCGGUGAACUUGGCUGAAGUUUACCUGCUGCAGUGCAACAUGCGCUUCCCCACACAGUCUUCGUUCGAGCGGGCACUUCCUCUGCUCAAUGUGGCCGUGGCAUCUCUUCACCCCCUGACCGAUGAGCAGAUCUAUCAAGCCAUUAAUGCUGGAAACUUGCAGGGUACUUUGGAUUGGGAGGACUUCCAGCAGCGUAUGGAUAAUCUGUCUGUGUUCCUGGUGAGGAGGAGAGAUGGGACCAGGAUGUUCGUCCACCCAUCUUUCAGAGAGUGGCUGAUAUGGAGGGAGGAGGGGGAGAAGACCAAGUUCCUCUGUGAUCCCAGGAGUGGACACACGCUUCUUGCCUUUUGGUUUUCACGUCAGGAGAACAAGCUGAACCGCCAGCAGACCAUCGAGCUUGGGCAUCACAUCCUUAAAGCACAUAUCUUCAAGGGUUUGAGCAAGAAGGUGGGUGUAUCGUCGUCCAUCCUGCAGGGCCUGUGGGUCUCCUACAGCACUGAAACUCUCUCAGCGGCCCUGUCCUCUCUCAGAAACCUCUACACCCCAAACAUCAAGGUGAGUCGGCUGCUGAUGCUGGGUGGGGGCAACGUCAACUAUCGUACCGAGGUUCUGAACAACGCGCCGGUCCUGUGCGUCCACUCUCACCUGGGCUACAUGGACAUGGUUGCCCUGCUGCUGGAGUUUGGAGCUUUGGUCGAUGCUCCCUCUGAGAGCGGGAUGACACCAUUAGGUUAUGCUGCUGCUGGAGGGCACAUGGCAAUCGUGACAGCACUUUGUCGCAAGAGAGCGAAGGUUGAUCACCUGGACAGAAAUGGCCAGUGUGCCCUUGUGCAUGCUGCUUUAAGGGGACACAUGGAGGUGGUCAAGUAUCUCAUCCAGUGUGACUGGAGUCAUGGGCCUCAAGAGUCGCCUCAGUCGCAACAGCAUGGAGCGUUUACGAAGAGCCACGCCGUUCAGCAGGCACUCAUCGCUGCAGCCAGCAUGGGCUACACCGAGAUCGUCUCCUACCUGCUGGACCUGCCGGAGAAAGACGAGGAGGAAGUGGAACGCGCUCAGAUUAAUAACUUUGACUCUCUAUGGGGAGAAACUGCUCUGACAGCAGCAUCAGGUCGAGGAAAGUUGGACGUUUGUCGUCUUCUGUUGGAACAAGGCGCUGCAGUGGCCCAACCUAACAGACGAGGCAUCGUGCCAUUAUUCAGUGCUGUCCGGCAGGGUCACUGGCAGAUAGUGGAUCUUCUUCUCACGCAUGGAGCCGACGUCAACUUGCCUGACAAACAAGGUCGCACUCCCCUGAUGAUGGCAGCGUCUGAGGGUCACUUGGGUACAGUGGAGUUUUUAUUAGCCCAAGGAGCAUCGCUCUCCCUUUUGGACAAGGAAGGUCUGACUGCGCUCAGCUGGGCGUGUCUGAAGGGUCACUUACCUGUUGUCCGCUGUUUGGUGGAGAGUGGCGCUGCCACCGACCACGCCGACAAGAAUGGACGUACACCGCUGGACCUUGCCGCCUUCUAUGGCGACUCUGACGUGGUCCAAUUCCUAGUGGACCACGGUGCCAUGAUUGAGCACGUGGACUACAGUGGGAUGCGACCUCUGGACCGGGCGGUGGGCUGCAGGAACACAUCCGUGGUGGUCGCCUUGCUCAAGAAAGGAGCCAAGAUAGGAUGUCAGACACUGCCCAGUCGGCCCCGAGGUCCGGCCACAUGGGCCAUGGCCACCUCCAAACCCGACAUCAUGAUCAUCUUACUCAGCAAACUCAUCGAGGAGGGGGAUGGCUACUACAAGAAGGGGAAGGUGAAGGAGGCGGCACAGCGAUAUCAAUAUGCCCUCAAAAAGUUUCCUCGCGAAGGCUUCAACGAGGACCUCAAGACUUUCAGGGAGCUCAAAGUUUCGCUCUUCCUCAACCUUUCUCGAUGUCGUAGGAAAAUGAACGACUUCGGAAUGGCUGAGGAAUUUGCUACCAAGGCUCUGGAACUCAAACCAAAGUCAUAUGAGGCAUUUUAUGCUCGAGCUCGAGCCAAACGUAGCAGCAGACAAUUCCCUGAGGCCUUGGAGGACCUGAAUGAAGCCCUGAAGCAGUGCCCCAACAACCGCGAGAUCCAGCGGCUGCUGCAGCGGGUGGAAGAAGAAUGUAACCAGCUCGAUCAGGAUGACCCACAGCAGCAGGAACUGGAGCUGGAACCACCUCCUUCCCCGCCUCCUACACCUCCCCCAGAAGAGGAAGACUCCCUCUCCAUGCCUCUCCCUCCUCCUCCAGAGCCAAGGUUAGAGGACAUGGAGCCCGUCCAGGACUUGUUUGAGGACGAGGACUAUCUAGCGCAGGAGCUGGAGGCCAUGUCUAUGGGUUUGCCUCCACCAGAGGCUCUGAACAAUCCUCAGAGCCUGCCCAUCAUCCAGAGCCCUCCGAUGUCCCCUACGCAUGCAGAUCAGAUAUAUUUAACAGGAGUUUCCCCACUGGGCCAGUACGAAUAUCACCCUACGUCCUCCUCCAUGUCCUCUCCAACUCGAGCCACCUAUCAGACCACAUCCCCGUCCUUGUCACCUACACAUCAAAACCACUACAGACACAGCCCACCCCUCACAUCUCCCGUGCAUCAGUCAUCAUACCGCUUUAGCCCACCCCCCAUGGGCAGUGGAGGACAGGGUAUAGACCAUCAGAGUCCGCCCCCUUCCCCUUUAAGACGGGCUGCGCAGUACAGAUCCAGUCCACCACUGGAAAGUGUUUGUCUAUACAGGUCCCAGUCUGGUUCGCCUGUCCGCUUCCAGACUGAACAGCUUCCUGGCCGACCUAAAUCUCCGUUGUCCAAGAUGAGCAGCCAACGGUCCUUCCAGCUGAGCUCCCAACCCUCCCUGUCUCAACACCACCAGGCUCAAGGUCUUCGUCUUCAGCCAUCAAUAGCUCAGAUAGUUCGCACAAACCAACCGAGCAGCAUGAUGGGAAACAACAGCUACGGUGGAGCGAUGGGCCACUCGAUGGGCAGUCGUUAUCAAGGAGGUUCGGUGGACGUGGAGAGUCGCCUAGUCUACCAGCCGUCCCUGGACGGACGUUCUAUGUCCCAGGUCCAGGCCAGCCUUAGCUCUGGGGCCCUCUGUCAGCACGGCGGCCGAGGAGGGGUCAUGGAGUCCAGCUUGUUAAAGGAUGAGCUUCCCCAGCGCCCCUCCUCAGCCUACCGUGCCAGCAGCGGGGGUCCGGGGGGCAUCCGGUACAGCCAGACACCUCAAAUAAGCCGCAGCCAGUCUGCCGCAUACUAUCCAGUAUCUGAACACGUCCUGGAGCGUGCAAGCGCCAUUCCAUCUUGCCAGCUGGGCUCCCCUGAGAUUCCACACAUGAUGAGACGCCCCGUCAGUGCGAACACUACAGAGCUGAAGCAGCAUGUGACCGCCCCAAGACCCCUCAUCCACUCUCAGAGUGUGAGCCUCCGUUUCUCCCCGUCUACCAACAACAUCUCCACUGGGUCUGGUUCAAAUUUAGGACCAGGAUUCCGGCCUUCCUCCAUCCAGCAGAUGGAGAUUCCUUUGCAGGCCACAUAUGAGCGUGCUUGCGAAGAUCUCUCACCCAUCUCCCCAUCGCAAAGUGGUGGGGGCUUGUACCAAGGUGAGGCCACCCGCUCCCGGAACACACCCUUUAUGGGAAUUAUUGACAAGACAGCCCGGACUCAGCAGUACCUGCAUCAGCCCUCUCGGUCUAGAGGCAUGACAUCCAUGGACUCCGCUGUGAGUCCCACUUCGCCCGGCCAGCUUGUGCAACAGGGUUCCACUUACAGCCCCCCAAACUCUCUAGGAAACAUUGCCUACUACAAUAAAACCAACAAUGCCCAAAAUGGACACCUACUAGAGGAAGACUACUAUUCCCAAACUCAGCCUUCCUCCCUGGGGAAGCUGGCAAAUGGCUCUCGAGGCAGUGGUGAUAUUCUAGAGCGAGUCAGCCAAGUGCCCACCUACCCGGAUGUCAAAGUGGCCCGGACUCUGCCAGUGGCACAGGCCUACCAGGACAACAUGUACCGACAGCUCUCCCGUGACAGCAGGGCCCAAGGCCCACCCUCCCCCAUCAAACCAAAGAGACCAUUUGUAGAGUCAAAUGUGUGAUGGCAAGUCUUAGUUGCUUGACUGGACUUGUUGUGUCAGGGGUCGCAGGGCGGAUUUGUGUGUAUGUGUGUACAAACUGAACCUGAGGAACUUGUGAAAUUCACACACAGAAUUUUGGAAGUGGAAAAAAAACUCAAUUUUAUGUCCCAUUCUGCACACAGCUCCAAUCUGGUGGUUCAUCAUAGUCAAACGAACUUCCAAAAAGUGGCACAAAUUCCCACAAGUGGGACUGAAGAGACUCUGGACUCUGGAAUCUUCUUACUUUCAAAUGUGCUUUUUAAACAAGUGGGUGGCUAGUUGGCGCUGUUCUAUGUAACAACAAUACUCUAUGUUCAAUACUGUACAUUGCUCUUGAAACUUAGAGGCUCUGAUCUGAGAGGGAAACAAUAUUUAUAAUUAAGUUAUGCAUUGUACAUAGAAAUAAACAACACAUAGUUGAUUAAACUGCCUUUGUUCCGGUGCUGGUCAAAAAGUGGAUCUGACUGAUGGUCAUGGUGAGGACAGAAGUUCACUAGCCAACUUUGACUGAUGUUUGUGUUACAUUUAUGAGUAGCCCAAAGCAAGAUCAACAUGAGCCAUAAAAGAGGUACAUUGGCCUAAAAAGCUACCAUAGGUGUCCAGCACAAACAGCUAGAUGCUAGAUGCUAAGGCCAGGUUGAAGGUUGGUUGCUAGAAUGGUGAAGGUAUCCAACUACACAGACAGUAGAUUACACACUCACAAUGAAAAAUAAAUGUCAUGUCCAAUCUGGGCAAUGUUUGGUUUUAAAUUCCAAAUGAUCCUAUUGUUUUACCUGCUGCAGGUAUAUAAAUGCCACAGCAACCACGUGGUCAAACCAGCCGAGACUGAACUCGUGGGGCCUUCUUUGCAAAGUGCCACUUACCUUACUGGACGCAUCUGCGAUUUCCUCUCGACAAGGUCAAACUGUGUUCUGCUGUCUUCAUCCACCACCAGCCUUUUUGCCAUAAGCAGUCAUAGCAAGCACAAGGGUCCACUGCUUUAGCUCCAUCGCUCUUCUACGCCACUUCUGCACUAGAAACGCCUGUUAGGGUCUAAACUGAGGUGCACUUUACUUUACGGUUGUCGGCAGUUAUGAUUUACUGAAUCCUUAAUGAACAUUAUGAGCAAUCGACGUCUGUGAGCCGAUAACAAUGUAUAGACUUUCUAGCACAAGUUGUACAUAGACGCUGUUUUUCGGCUUCGGGUCAGUUUCGGUAAAACAUGCGUACUUACUGGUUCUGUGCACAUCUACUGCAACACAAUAAGAAAACGCUGAGUAAGCGUUACAAUCAGUGAUUCGUAUACGAUACGUGCGAUCGGUGUGUAGCGCGUGCGUCCUGCUGCCACCAGGGGGAUAUAGUUUCCAGACAUGAAGGUAUAAACUGUAAAAUAACACAAAAGCUAUCGACCGUGUAAAGGUGUUUGUGUAUAUUAGGUUGCUGUAAAUAAUCUGAUGCAUGUUCUAUUUAAGUUCUGCAAAAAUGUGUAUAGCUCCGUCCUGACUGUGUGUUUGUGUACGUGGGUGUGUGUGCGCGCGAGAUACAAGACUACCCUCAUCAUUUCCACCUGUCAAAGGUUUUAUUUUAUUUUUCCUGUAUUUGCUUGCUGAGCAGAGUUCUCUUGUCUGUAAAUGUGAGCUUUCAGUUCGCUGUGACUACGGAAAAAGAAACAUUUAAUUAAAAAUAAUAACAAGAAAAAAAGAAUGUGUUUUUAAUCUCAUGAUAACUGAUUGUAAUCUGUACAGUCAAAUGUAUGUACUGGACACAGAAGAACAUAUUUAUAAAUGGUUACAAACUGA